CGGGGAGCACAGUCGCCAGUCCAGCACGGAGACCCGCCUGGCCAAAAGACCGCGCCUCACACUUGCCAGGAUUGCCAAAUAUUCCUGAAAAAUAUACCUGCUAUUUAUGGCAUGUGGCUUGUAACUUUACUCCUGCUGUACUCUCUCCAAGAAGUACACAGUGAGGAUGUGGGCUCCACCAGGCUGUACUUUGUGAAUGCCUCCCUGCAGAGGGUUACCUACUCCAGCUCGGUGGGGGUGUCCCUGCCCUGUCCAGCAGGCGGCACCCCCAGUGCCAUACUGCGCUGGUACCUGGCCACCGGCGACGACAUCUACGACGUGCCCCACAUCCGACACGUGCACGCCAAUGGAACCCUGCAGCUGUACCCCUUCUCGCCCUCCGCCUACAACAGCUACAUCCACGACAACGACUACUUCUGCACGGCCGAGAACCAAGCCGGCAAGAUCCGCAGCCCCAACAUCCGCAUCAAAGCUGUUUUUAGGGAGCCCUACACGGUGCGGGUGGCGGACCAGCGCUCUAUGCGGGGAAACGUAGCCGUGUUCAAGUGCCUCAUCCCCGUGGCUGUGCAGGAGUACGUCAGCGUCGUGUCCUGGGAAAGGGACACGGUUUCCAUCGUACCAGGUAACAGGUUCUCGCUGACCUCCUUCGGGGCUCUUUACAUCUCCGAUGUUCAGAAGGAGGACGCCCUCUCCACAUACCGGUGCAUCACCAGACAUAAGUACAGCGGCGAGACGCGCCAAAGCAACGGAGUCAGGCUCUCUGUAAUGGACCCAAACGAGUCCUCCCCUACCAUCCUGGACAGUUUCCAAGCAGGCGAGGUGAACGCAGGCCAGAGUAUCGAGCUCCCCUGCACAGCGGGAGGGUAUCCCACCCCCACGGUGCGCUGGCUAAAAGACGGUCGCCCACUCCCCUCGGACGCCCGCUGGACACGGCGUUUGACGGGGCUGACCAUCAGCGACAUGAGGCAGGAGGACAGCGGCAGCUAUGCAUGCGAGGUCACCAACAGCUUUGGCUCAAAGGAGGUGUCUGGACUGCUUCACGUUAUAGAUCCCCUACGAGUCACCCUGUCCCCUAAGAACCUAAAGACUGGCAUCAGCAGCACGCUGUUCUUCACCUGCACUGUGGAGGGCUCUCCAGAAUACACCAUCAGCUGGUACAGCAACACGGAGCCCAUCGUCCCCGACCAGCACAUCUCCAUCCAGGGGCAGCACAACGACACCUUGCAGAUCACUGCGGCUCAGAAGUUCCACUCCGGGGCCUACCAGUGCUUCGCCUCCCGAAAGGGCCACACCGCUCAGGACUUUUCCAUUAUUCUGCUAGAGGAUGGUACUCCUCGUAUUGUGUCUUCCUUCAGCGAGCGCGUGGUGAACCCCGGCGAGCCUUUCUCCCUCAUGUGUGGCGCCAAAGGAGCCCCGCCCCCCUCCAUCACCUGGACGCUGGACGACGAGGCCGUGGUGCGAGACUCCACCUACAAGACCAGCCAGUACACGCUGUCGGACGGCCUGACCGUGUCGCACGUCAACGUCAGCAGCCCGCUCAUCCGGGAUGGGGGAGUGUAUCGUUGCGUCGCACGCAACUCGGCCGGUAGCGCCGAGUACCAAGCGCGCAUAAACGUAAGAGGUCCACCCCGAAUCAGACCCAUGCGGGACAUCACCGCUGUGGCGGGCAGGAACACCUACAUAACGUGCCGGGUGAUUGGCUACCCGUAUUACUCAAUCAAGUGGCUGAAGGAAGGCAUGCAGCUGCCCGAUAAUCAUCGUCAAGUGGUGUUUGAGAACGGCACGCUGAGGCUGACGGACGUGCAGAAGGGCGCGGACGAGGGCACCUACUUGUGUAGCGUUCUGAUCCAGCCCCAGGUGUCAAUCAACCAGACCGUUCACGUCACUGUCAAAGUGCCGCCGCUCAUCCAGCCCUUCGACAUCCCCUCUACCUCAGUGGGGAAGCUCAUGUACAUCGCCUGUGUGGUGUCAUCUGGGGACAUGCCCAUACGCAUCACCUGGCACAAAGACGGCCAGCUCAUCGUGCCAGGCUCCGCCUCUGGCGUCGCUAUAGAGACCAAAGAGUUCAUGAGCUCCCUGCAAAUAUCCAAGGUGACACUGAAGCACAACGGAAACUACACCUGCAUCGCCAGCAACGCCGCCGCCACCGUCAGCUGGGAGAGGCAGCUGAUAGUAACUGUGCCUCCACGCUUCACGGUGCAGCCCAACAAUCAAGACUGCAUCUACGGCAAAGCUGGAGUUCUCAACUGCUCUGUGGAGGGUUACCCACCUCCAAAAGUCAUGUGGAAGCAUGCAAAAGGUGUAGGAAACCCUCAGCAGUACCACCCAGUCCCUCUCACUGGCCGUAUCCAGAUCAUGUCAAACGGCUCUCUGCUCAUCCGACACGUGCUGGAGGACGACCGAGGCUACUACCUCUGCCAAGCCUCUAACGGCGUGGGCUCAGACAUCAGUAAGAGCAUGAUCCUCACCGUCAAAAUUCCCGCCAUGAUCACCAGCCACCCCAACACCACAAUGGCGAGGAAGGGCCAAACCAAGGAGCUGAACUGCACGGCGCGCGGAGAGCAACCCAUAAUCAUCCGCUGGGAGAGAGGGGACACAGUCAUCGACGCCGAGAGAAACCCCCGCUAUUCCAUAACCAUCAACAAGAAGGGGGACGAAGUCAUCUCCACGCUUAAGCUGAACCCGGCCGAGCGAGGGGAUUCUGUCUUCUUCUCCUGCCACGCCAUCAACUCCUAUGGAGAGGGUCGAGGGCUCAUCCAACUCACUGUGCAAGAACCACCAGACCCCCCUGAACUGGAGGUGAGGGAGGUGAAGGACAGGAGCAUGAACCUGCGCUGGAUCCAAAGGUUCGAUGGAAACAGUAUCAUCACCAGCUAUGACAUCGAGUACAAGAACAAGUCAGACACCUGGGAUCACAUGUACACAACCAGGAACAUCUCCCCCACCAACAACCAGGCCAACAUCGUGGAGUUGCAUCCGGCCUGCGUUUACAGCAUCCGCAUGUACUCCUACAACAAGAUAGGCCGCAGCCUCCCCAGCAAAGAGCUCACCAUCAGUACCGAGGAAGCACCUCCUGAUGGGCCGCCGAUGGAAGUCAUCCUCACACCGAUGACAUCUCAGAGCAUACGUGUUACAUGGAGGGCUCCGAAGAAGGAGUUGCAGAACGGGGUGAUCCGAGGCUACCAGAUCGGUUACAGAGAGAACGGUCCGGGCAGCAACGGCCAGUACAGCAUCGUGGAGAUGAAAGCUACGGGGGACAGUGAAGUGUACACCUUGGACAACCUGAAGAAGUAUGCCCAGUACGGGGUAGUGGUCCAGGCCUUCAACAGGGCCGGGACAGGUCCAUCCAGUACUGAGAUCAACGCCACCACGCUGGAAGAUGUUCCCAGCGAGCCUCCUCAGAACGUGCGAGCCAUCUCCGUGACGUCGGACGAGGCGGUGAUCACGUGGUCAGAGCCUCCACGGCUGACGCUGCACGGUGUGCUGAAAGGCUACCGCGUUGUGUUUUGGUCCCUCUUCCCCGACGGAGGUGGGUGCUGUGGGGGCCAGGCCCAGUGGCCAUUGCAGAAAUGGGGGGAGAUGCAGAACAUCACCACCACACGGGAACAGGUGGAGCUGCGAGGGCUCGAGAAGUUCACCAACUACAGCGUCCAGGUGCUGGCCUACACACAGGCGGGGGACGGGGUCCGCAGCAACGUCCUGUACAUCCAGACUCGCGAGGACCUUCCUGGUCCACCGGCGGGCAUCAAGGCGGUCCCCUCCUCUCCGAACAGUGUGGUCGUGUCCUGGUUGCCGCCACUCAAACCAAACGGUGUUAUCCGCAAGUACACCAUCUACUGCUCCAGCCCGGGGUCUCUGCAGCCGGCACCCAGCGAGUACGAGGCCAACCCAGAGAUGCUCUUCUACCGCAUCACGCACCUUACCCGCGGUAAACAAUACCACAUCUGGUCUGCAGCCGUGACAACCGCUGGCCGUGGCAACAUCAGCUCAAAGGUCACGGUGGAGCCUGCUGGGAAAGUCCCGGGUAAGAUCUUGUCCUUCGGCGGCACGGUGACCACACCCUGGAUGAAGGAAGUGCGUCUUCCCUGCGGCUCCGUGGGAGAACCCGCUCCCACAAUUAAAUGGACCAAAGACAGUGACGACACUGCCAUCCCUGUGACGGCGGACAGUCAGCGGCAGAUCCUACCCAACGGCACACUGGUGCUGCGUUCGGUCAAAGCGGAGGAUUCUGGGUACUACACCUGCACGGCCACUAACACUCUGGGCUUUGACACCAUCAUAGUCAACCUGGUGGUGCAAGUUCCUCCAGAUCAGCCUCGCUUGACCGUCUCCACCACCUCCACCUCCUCCAUCACCCUUGCUUGGAUCCCUGGGGACAACGGGGGAAGCUCCAUCAGAGGAUUUGUGCUGCAGUACUCGGUGGACAACACGGAGGAGUGGAGGGACGUGUUCAUCAGCUCCAGUGAGCGCUCCUUCAGGCUGGACAACCUGCGCUGUGGAACCUGGUACAAGGUCAAGUUGGCCGCCAAGAACAGCGUGGGCUCAGGACGCAUCAGUGAGAUCAUCGAGGCCAAGACACAUGGAAGAGAACCGGUAUUCAACAAGGACCAGCCGCUGCUCACACACAUCAACUCCACCCACGCGGGGAUCAACCUGCAGGGCUGGACCAGCGGCGGCUGCCCCAUCACCGACAUGAUGCUGGACUUCAGACCCAAAGGCACCUGGGCGUGGCAGAGCCUCAAAGCCAACUCCACCUCUCAGCUGUUCCUCAGCGAGCUGCGUGAGGCCACCUGGUACGAGCUGAAGAUGAAAGCCUGCAACAGCGCCGGCUGCGGAAACCAGAGCUCCCAGUUUGCCACCACCGACUACGACGGCAGUACAAUCCCUCCCAUUAGAUCUGCUCGUGGAGAAGGGGAUGACGUGAAGAAGCUGUUCUCCAUCGGCUCUCCCGUCAUCCUGGUCACUCUGGGCGUCGCUUUGCUUUUUAUUAUCCGCAAGAAACGCAAGGAGAAGAGGCUCAAACGACUUAGAGAUGCUAAGAGCCUUGCGGAGAUGCUUAUCAGCAAGAACAAUCGCAGUAUAGACACUCCGGUGAAGGGCCCUCCUCAAGGGCCGAGGCUCCACAUUGACAUCCCACGUGUCCAGCUACUCAUCGAGGACAAGGAAGGAAUCAAACAAAUAGGAGAGGACAAGGCAGCAGUGCCUGUGACAGACACUGAGUUCAGCCAAUCAGUGAAUCCGCAGAACUUCUGCACAGGCGUGUCUCUGCACCACCAGGCCCUCAUCCAGAACUCAGGGCCUUUGAUCGACAUGUCCGACAUCCGCCCAGGCACGAACCCCGUGUCCAGGAAGAGUAUAAAGUCCGCCCACAGCUCCAGGAACAGAUACUCCAGCCAAUGGACGCUGAGCCGGCCGAGUCAGAGCCAAUCGACGGCCUCCGCCCGAACUCUGACCUCCGACUGGCGGACCAUGGGCUCUCACGGCAUCACCGCCACAGAGAGCGACAGCUACAGCGCCAGCCUUUCGCAGGACACAGAUAAGGGUCGGAACAGCAUGGUGUCUACAGAGAGCGCCUCCUCCACCUACGAGGAGCUGGCGCGGGCGUACGAGCACGCCAAGCUGGAGGAGCACCUGCAGCACGCCAAGUUCACCAUCACCGAGUGCUUCAUCUCUGACAGCUCGUCCGACCAGAUGACCACCGGCACCAACGACCCCGCGGACAGCAUGACCUCGCUCAGCACGCCGUCUGAACCCGGCAUCUGCCGCUUCACCGCCUCGCCGCCCAAACCGCAGGACUACGACCGCCGGCAGAAUGUGGCGGUGCCCAUUCCCCACCGCGCUAAUAAAAGUGAAUUCUGCAACCUCCCCCUCUACAUGAAGACAGACCCAUUCUUCCGUAAGCAAGGGGAGCUGCACGACCCCUGCCCAGUGGUGCCGCCGCGGGAAGCCUCCAUCCGCAGCCUGACGCAGCGGGCGUACCACACCCAGGGCCGCCACAAGACUCUAGACCCCAGCAAGCAGCAGGUCCUGACGCUGGGCCACUCCGGGCUGAGCAGCCUUGGGGCCAGCUCGGGCACCUCCACCCUCCCCCAGAGGACUCUCACCAUGCCCAGCUCUAACACCGCGGCCACGGCCUCCACCUCCAGCACGAGCAGCAACUGCAACAAGGUGGGCGGCUCCAGAGACUCGCUGCUGGAGAGCAGCUCCUCCGCUCUGGGGAGACUGCAGAAACAGAGCGCGGGGGCGUACUCCAAGUCGUACACGCUGGUGUAGCCUCCGCCCCGCACAGACUCGCUGCCCCGCUGCUUCAGUCUGGCUCAGAAAGGGCAUGCCACCAUCUUUCUAUAAAACCUGACUAACGGUGAACUGCCCAGCGGGACAGGUUCCUCCCAGACAGAGACCCAGCUAACCCUACGUUAAUGUUCACCUGGGACUCUUUAAAAGAAUUACUAACUCCAACUAACAGAUCCAGCCGGCUGGUGCUCGGCUCCGCCUGCAGGAGUAGCACAGUUAAAAAAAAAACAGGACGUGCUUCUGUGGUCAUUUGGAUAUAUUGACUUUAAUUGAGGAGCUGAAGCUCUUUGUUUAUGACGAUGAAGACUACGAUAGCCAGUAUGAAGCUGUGUGGCCAUCCUGUCUCUCAUGCACACACACAUACUCCUCCAUAGUUUCAGUAUUAUUGUCAAUUUGCAGGACUUCCAGUUAAGUUCCCUAUUCUUACUGUUUCUCUCACCCUCUGUGUGUCUCCUAAAGUCCCAUAAAGCUAUUAGCAUAUUUUCUCUUUACGGCGAAUCCAAAAGAACAGAUUCAGGUUCUCCUCCAGGAAAGAUCUAUCCCAUAAACGCCCUGCACACGUCUCUCUCCAGCUGAACCGUGUCUCACUUUUGAAACAAAUCACGACAACCCAAAUAAACCCGCCAUAAGUUCUCACAUCACAAAUAGAGAAUAUUUGGUAUUAUAAAGAAUUUACAUAUAUAUUUCUAUGUAGGUAUAUUAUUGACAUUUAAAUGAAAUUAUGACAAAGUAUAAAUUGUAUGUACUACCAUAGUGUAGUAGUAUAUACAGCAAUUUAAUGUUAAUGUCAAAUUUAAGAACAAGACAAUCGCUCAAUCAUGGAAUUUAAAGAAGAGAAAUUUAAAAAAGGUUGGACUAAAGAAAGGAAAUUAAAGUAUGUAUACGGGGUGCUCUGUAUGUUACUGUAUGUAGAGCGCCUAAGAGAAGAGUGUUUCCUGUAUGGACACAGAGCAGCCCUUUACAAGCCCAAUGUUGAGAGGGGAAAAUACUUUUAAAAUUAUAUUUUAGUUUCAGUUUCUGAAAGGCAGGCUGGCUGGGUUAACCAAACACAAUCCCCCUGGUUUAAACUCUGCUGUGUGUUUAUGAUGGAAACAAUCAUGUCAUAUUUCAAAGAUCCAUGAAUGAGGUUUAUGUUAUUUACAGUAUUAAUGCUUCGGUGACCACUUCCCGCCUGCCUUGGUGACACUCAGCCGAACAUCAGAAAGAAUCCCAGUGAUGAUGUGAAUGAAGUCAAAAUAAUAUAAUAAUGAGCGAUGUUAUAUGUCAGGGAGUUCCGCUUUGAAAAAUGAUAUAAUGUUCACACAAUUGAUAUCUUUGUUGUUGCCCUGUCUGAAGUACUGUACAUGUCCCGCCUUCUUUAUCCCCCCCCUCCAUUUUGUACAUUCACACGUUACCUAUUGGAAUGUCUUUUUGAAGCAUCUCCAUGAUAGCGUUUUGUGCUUUAUAUUUAUUUAUCCAUUUUGCUUUGUUUGUUUAUGGGACGGGGUGUGUGUUGGUUUUCAUUCAUCAUAUUUGUUUUUAUUUUUAUUUUAGUUUUUGGGUUUUUGUCAAAUGUUUUGGUUCCAGAGGCCGAACAGUACUAAGGCCGGUGGGUAGAUCCAAGUGAAAUCAGGGACUCGUAGCUAUUCGUCACACAAACUGCUGUUGUGUAAAUACUGGACUGGAGUCGGUCCGCAAACCUGAAGCAUUCUGACUCCUGGUC